AUCAAAACAAUGGAUGGACUGAAUGGCUCUGUGGUUUCUGAGUUUGUGCUGCUGGGACUCUCAAGUUCUUGGGAAACUAGAGUUAUUCUUACAUUGACAUUCUCCUUGCUCUACUUAGGGAUCAUCCUGGGAAAUCUCUUUAUUGUCUUCUUGGUGAUUGCUGAUUCUCACUUACAUUCUCCUAUGUACUUCCUGCUGGCCAACCUGUCCUUCAAUGAUGUGUGGGUUUCCUCCACUACAGUUCCUAAGAUGAUCUUCGAUCUUUUAAGUGAACAUAAAGUAAUUUCCUUCCAAGGUUGUAUGAUACAGAUCUGUUUCAUCCACAUGAUGGGAGGAGUAGAGAUGGUGCUGCUCAUAGCCAUGGCAUUUGACAGAUAUGCAGCCAUCUGUAAGCCUCUUCAUUACUUGAACAUUAUGAGCCCCAAAAGAUGUAUUUUACUUGUAGUCAUUGGCUGGGUAACAGGAGUGAUCCAUGCUAUGUCUCAGUUUUCAUUUGUUAUGAACUUACCUUUUUGUGGUCCUAAUACAAUAGACAGCUUUUACUGUGACUUUCCCAGGGUCAUACAGCUCGCAUGSUCAGAUGCAGACAAGUUUGAGUUUGUCGUUGCUGCCAACAGUGGAUUCAUGAGCAUGGGCACCUUCUUCCUGCUCCUCCUUUCCUAUGUCUUCAUUUUGGUCACUGUCUGGAAACGUUCCUCUGGGGACUUGUCCAAAGCUCUUGUCACUUUAUCAGCUCACAUCACUGUAGUGGUUCUGUUUUUCACUCCAUGUAUGUUUCUCUAUGUGUGGCCUUUCCCCACGUCAUCAAUUGACAAGUAUCUGUUCAUUGCUGACUUUGCUAUCACGCCUGCCUUGAAUCCUGUGAUCUAUACACUAAGAAACAAAGAUAUAAAGAUAUCAAUUCAAAGACUGAACAAACAAGGUCAUUAUAACAGAUUUUGCUGA